CGUGUGCCGCACCGCGCCGCAGCCGUGCCGUGCCGCGCUGUGCCGCGCCGAGCCGCGCCGAGCCGCGCCGAGCCGCGCGACCAUGCGCACCCCGCACUCCCACCGAGCCGGCGCCGCGACGAACCUAACGUACUCGGACUAGCAUGAAACGAGUUAUGUAUAAUCGCGAUCUCAGGUGAGCACUUCUCGAGUGAAACUUUCAUGGAAUGUGAAGUCGAUUGAACUUUGUUUGCGGCGCGAGAUCGAUAUUUUGCUGGUGGCAGUAACAAUCGGCAAUGGCGUCAUCGGUCCGCAAAUAGUGUGUGUGUGCGUGUGGAGCCGCGUGGCGAUGAGCCGGGCGCGCUCGUAGCCCCUGCCGGCCACAUCGGCAUGGAGGAGGACGAGCGGCGGCUCUCGUUCCCGCCGCCGGCGCCGCUCAACUCGCCCGGGGAAGAGAUCGACGGCUCGCGGCUGCUUGGGGAGAUCGUGCGUACACUCGAGGCGACCAACCCGGAGGCGGCCGCGCCGCUGGUCGCUUCGCAGUCUCGGGAUGCGCUUGACGUGGAAUGCGAGAAGCCGCGGCGCGAGGAGUUGCGUAUCCCGCUCGAUGGCGUCACGUUUUCGAGUGAGACGACGGGCGGCGGCGGCGGGGGCCGCGACGAGCCUCGCGCCGCCGUCACGCCGUUCACGCGCGAGUCCGCGAGGCGCGCAGGCUCGCGCGGCGCACAGCUUGUGCGUGAAUUUGGCUUCAUGCCUCGGCGCAGGCUCAGCGUCGAGGACGGUGCUCGCCUGCCGAGAAAGUAUGAGCCCUUCCCGCCCAAGCUUUACGGACGACCGCUCGAGGAGAUCGACAAUUUUAUAUAUGACGAGACAUUCUGCGUGGUCUCGAAGCGGUUCCGCAAGAACUACAUUCACCGAUUCACGGCAACCAGGUCGUUGUUCUGGUGGUCGCCGUGGUCGCCGGUGCGGCGCGCAUGCGUCUACCUCUCCACCAAUCAGUACUUCGAUUACUUCGUCAUGGCAACCAUACUGCUCAACUGUGUCUUCCUCGCCAUGUCGGAGACCAUUGAAGAGGCUGAGUACAUUUUCCUGGCGAUCUACACGGCGGAGAUGAUAGUGAAGUGUAUAGCUAAGGGGUUUAUACUAAAUAAGUACACAUACCUACGGAACCCAUGGAACUGGCUCGACUUCGUGGUCAUCACGUCGGGGUAUGCCACUAUCGGCAUGGAGGUCGGCAACCUGGCUGGUCUCAGGACAUUUCGUGUGUUGAGAGCACUGAAAACUGUCUCCAUAAUGCCGGGUUUGAAGACCAUCAUAAACGCAUUGCUGCAUUCAUUCAAACAAUUGGCAGAGGUCAUGACGCUGACUAUUUUUUGUUUGAUGGUGUUUGCACUGUUCGCGCUGCAGGUGUACAUGGGGGAACUAAGAAAUAAGUGUGUGAAGAAUUUUGUAGGGCAACCGGGGGAAAAUUUUACUGAUGAAAUUUGGCUGCAGUGGAUUAGAGAACCGUCUCGCUGGAUAGUGGAUGAGGAGGAAGUGCCUAUCAUUUGUGGUAACCUGACCGGUGCGAGGCACUGCCCGUCGGGGUACACGUGCCUGUGCGUGGGGCCAAACCCUAACCACGGGUACACGAACUUCGACAACUUCCUAUGGUCCAUGCUCACCACAUUCCAACUCAUCACCUUGGACUACUGGGAAAAUGUAUAUAAUAUGGUGCUGUCAUCAUGCGGGCCAAUGUCAGUAUCAUUCUUCACUGUGGUGGUGUUUUUUGGCUCGUUCUACCUCAUCAACCUAAUGCUGGCCGUCGUGGCGCUUAGUUAUGAAGAGGAAUCACAAAUUACGCAAGAGGAACGGAAAAAGGACCUCAACGACCACCGCGAUGAUUCCACCUUCAGCUUCGACCCCACAUCGCUGGCUGUACGCACGCUGGUCAAAGAUUCAAAGAAGCGCAUCGACGCUCGCAAGGGUCUGCUUCUCGCUUCGUACUCCAGGAAGAGAACUCGGAGACGUAAACGGGGAAGGAGCGCUAUACACCAUGCUGCCGCUGUGGCUGCUGUGGCGGAAAGGUCCCGAUCGAGGUCUCGGUCGCGGUCGGUGACCCCGAGUACAUCGCCGCCGCUGCCGUCCGCGCCGCCGCCUCCGCCGCCGCCACCUCACACGCUGCACCCAGACAUAGCUUUAGGUCGUGGCGCACUAAGCGCGGCGGGCCGCCAACUGAGCGACCACAGCAAUAACCGGGAGUCGUCCCUAGACGACUCCGGCGUGGUGGACGACCACGACGACGGCGAGCACACCUCCGACGACCAGGCGCCACACCCGCACCACCCGCGCCGCCUGCUGCCGCCGCCGCCGCCACUGAACCCGCACCUGCACCCGCCCACCCCCAUGCCCACGUCUGUACCCAUGCCCAUGCCCGCUCCGAUGUCAAUGCCGAUGCCUCAAAUACAACCGUUACAGGAGUGUCAAACACAACAACCAAUGCCAAGAAGCGAUAAUAAAAAAGAAAAGCAAAUAGAGAAGAAAGUAGAAAAGAAGUCAGAAAAAAAGGACAGUAUUCAAGAGAAAUAUCCAUUAAAUCCGGACUACCUCAAUCAGAUCGUGGUGCUAGGGGCGGACUGGCCAUACAAGCGCGCGCCCGACCUCCCUCAAGCGGAGACGACGAAAAUUAAUGAGCUCAGUUUAUUGGCAGCCACGCACAAAACUCAUAUGGGCAAUUACGAGCAAAAUUGCACUUACUUCACAGAUGAGCUCGUGGAUAGGAACUGUGAAUGCUGCGUCACCUGCUGCAUAGAUUACGAAGGCUGGCUCCAAUUUCAGAACUGCUUGUAUGGAAUCGUGAAAGAUCCGCUUUUCGAAUUAUUUAUUACAACUUGUAUAGUUCUUAAUACACUCUUCCUUGCUCUAGAGCAUCAUGGCAUGAGUGAAAAUGUUAGACAGGCCUUAGAUAUAGGAAAUAAGGUGUUCACAUCUAUAUUUACUUUAGAAUGUAUGAUGAAAGUAAUGGCGAUGAGUAAAGAUUUCUUCGCCUGCGGUUGGAAUAUUUUCGACCUGAUUAUAGUGUCGGCCAGCCUUCUAGAUCUAAUAUUUGAGCUCGUUGAUGGCCUAUCUGUUUUACGGGGCCUUCGUUUGUUACGAGUGUUAAAAUUAGCUCAAUCAUGGACUACAAUGAAAGUGUUGUUGAGUAUUAUAAUAUCGACAAUCGGUGCUCUCGGUAAUUUGACGUUCGUGUUAGUGAUAGUUAUUUAUAUAUUUGCUGUUAUCGGCAUGCAACUGUUCUCCAAGUCGUAUACGCCGGACAAGUUCGAGCCUGACCCUGUGCCCAGGUGGAACUUCAACGACUUCUUCCACUCGUUCAUGAUGAUAUUCCGGAUAUUGUGCGGCGAGUGGAUAGAGCCCUUGUGGGACUGCAUGCGCGCAGAACAAGCGAGCGGCGCCGAAAGCUGUUUCUUCAUCUUCCUGCCCGCGCUCGUUAUGGGGAACUUCAUGGUGCUCAACCUCUUCCUUGCCUUGCUGCUCAAUAGCUUCAACAGCGAGGAACUUAAGAAUAAGAAAGAGGAAGUAGGAGAGGAUUCAAAAUUAGCUAAAAGUUUCGAUAGAAUACGUUCCAUAGUAAGAAAAAAGGGUUUCCUUAUAUCGAGAAGUAAAGAGACUGAAAAAAAAUCUAAGUUAGAAGAACUAGUUACUGAAUUUAUGACGCAACAGCGUGCUAUGAAAGAAAAGAAGAUAUCUAUACCGAGCGAGCAACGGUACUCAUCGUCGAUACAAGAGACAAUCCUAUUUCCACAUGACAAUAUUUAUAGCCAUAGUUAUCAAGAAGCUUUGAAUAGGCCAAUAUCAGUAGGUUCAGAUUUUGCUUAUCCUCAUCUUUAUCAACAUGGUAAUAAUUUUAAUCACGGCAGUCAAGAAACUUUAAAGGACGUUCGUGAUCUAGCAAUUGAACAUAAAAUAACUAGUAUUAGAGAAGAUUCCAAGGAAAAUUUAGAAGACACCUCUCCUGUAGAACAAAUCGUAGCUCAAAAGUUAUUAAACCAAAUGUCUUCAGGGUAUCACACGCAGCCAUCAGAUUCAAGGGACGAGAAUGAGCACUACGAAAUGGCCCAGUUAUCCAGUAAAACAACGCCAGAGCGAAUGCGGAGGCCGGUACUGGAACUACCAAACACAAAUAUAUGUAAGGAAGCUGUGAAACAACCCGAUGAAGAACAACUGAAACAUCCGUGGCAAACUUUAGUCUCAUAUGUAGAUGAAUUAACCGUAGGUGGGAGAAAAAACUCCAAGGGCCAAUACGUAGACGCGAUGGGAAACUUUCCGGGAUUUGGGAAACAAAAGGAGCCGAAGGUCCCCCAAGAUUGCUACCCCCGUCAAUGUUACGAUGCGUGUCCAUGUUGGGACACAUUCAUCGAAACAAAGAUGGGUCAGCGCUGGAUGGUAGUCCGUACUUUCAUCCUACGUUACGUUGAUACGCCUGCCUUCGAGUGGUUUGUCCUAGUGCUUAUAUUCGCCUCCAGCAUAACCCUAUGUUUUGAAGACAUCCAUCUUGAGAAAAACAAACCGCUAAAGAAAAUUUUGUAUUGGACUAAUCUUGGUUUCUGCAUGAUCUUCGUUAUAGAAAUGUUCCUCAAGUGGAUAGCGUUGGGGUUUUUCAGAUAUUUCACAAGUUUUUGGACUUUAUUAGACUUUACUAUAGUGUUUGUAUCAGUAUUUAGUUUGUUAAUAGAAGAGAAUGAAAAUCUUAAAGUAUUAAGAUCGCUUAGAACGCUACGUGCUUUAAGGCCAUUGAGAGCGAUAUCUCGAUGGCAAGGGAUGCGUAUAGUUGUGAAUGCCCUAAUGUACGCAAUCCCGAGUAUUUUUAAUGUAUUAUUAGUUUGUUUAGUGUUUUGGUUAAUUUUCUCUAUAAUGGGAGUGCAGUUCUUCGGUGGAAAAUUCUUCAAAUGCGUCGACGACGAAGGAGAACUUUUGCCUUUAGAGAUAGUAAACGAUAAGUGGGAGUGUUAUUACAAUAAUUUCUCUUGGAUCAACUCCAAGAUAUCAUUCGACCACGUGGGAAUAGCAUAUUUAGCUCUGUUCCAAGUGGCUACCUUCGAGGGUUGGAUGGAGGUGAUGGCGGAUGCUGUGGACGCAAGAGGAGUAGACCUUCAGCCGGCAAGGGAAGCCAAUCUAUACGCUUAUAUUUAUUUCGUUAUAUUCAUCGUGUGCGGUUCGUUCUUCACUCUGAAUCUGUUCAUAGGAGUAAUUAUAGAUAAUUUUAAUAUGCUCAAAAAAAAGUACGAAGGCGGAGUAUUAGAAAUGUUUCUCACAGAAAGCCAAAAACAUUACUACACAGCUAUGAAAAAGUUAGGUAGAAAAAAACCACAGAAGGUGAUCAAAAGACCCCGCAAUCAGUUCCUGGCGAUGUUUUACGAUUUGUCAAACUCCCGCCGUUUCGAGAUCGCCAUAUUUGUUUUGAUAUUUCUAAAUAUGCUCACUAUGGGAAUCGAGCAUUACGACCAACCUCAUUCGGUUUUCUUUAUUUUGGAAGUCAGCAAUGCGUUUUUCACGACAGUUUUCGGUUUGGAGGCGAUAGUAAAAAUAAUAGGUCUCCGCUACCAUUACUUCACGGUGCCGUGGAACGUAUUCGACUUCUUGCUGGUGCUGGCGUCAAUUCUCGGCAUCCUGAUGGAGGACAUCAUGAUUGACCUGCCCAUAUCGCCCACCUUACUCCGAGUCGUCCGGGUGUUCCGCAUAGGGAGAAUUUUAAGACUGAUUAAAGCCGCUAAAGGCAUUAGGAAGUUGCUAUUCGCGCUAGUAGUAUCAUUGCCAGCCCUUUUCAACAUCGGUGCCUUGUUGGCAUUGAUAACAUUCAUAUAUGCUAUCAUCGGGAUGUCCGUGUUCGGGCACGUCAAGGAACAAGGAGCCCUGGACGACAUUGUUAAUUUUCAAACUUUCGGAAGGAGUAUGCAAUUGCUUUUUCGUCUCAUGACAUCUGCUGGUUGGAAUGACGUGUUAGCAUCGCUCAUGAUCCAACCGCCCGAAUGUGAAUUGGGGGACCACGGUCACCUCAAUGGGAACUGCGGAAGCCCACUUUUGGCUAUUACUUACUUCACGUCUUUCAUCAUAAUCAGUUACAUGAUCGUCAUUAACAUGUACAUCGCUAUCAUACUCGAGAACUUUAAUCAAGCACACCAGGAGGAAGAAAUUGGUAUUGUGGAAGAUGAUCUCGAGAUGUUCUAUAUUAGGUGGUCCAAGUACGAUCCGCACGCGACACAAUUCAUAAGCUUUGUCCAGCUAUCAGAUUUUAUAGCAUCUCUAGACCCACCUCUGGGUAUCUCCAAGCCGAAUACAGUAGCUCUCGUGAGUUUCAAUCUCCCUAUAGCCAAAGGCAAUAAAAUACACUGCUUAGAUAUCCUUCAUGCGUUGGUCAAACACGUGCUGGGUCACGUAGAAGAAACGGAUACAUUCAGGCAGUUGCAAGAACAAAUGGACAUAAAGUUUAAAAAGCAAUUUCCAACAAGAAAGGAGUUGGAGAUAGUAUCUUCGACUCGGAUAUGGAAGAGAGAAGAUAAAGCUGCCCGUAUGAUACAGCGCACGUGGAGGGAAUAUGUCAAACGAAAAAAUCGCAGUCCAUCAAACGAAGAAGAAAGUACGAAAUGGUCGCCUGGUGGAGGUUGGGGCGGACGUCUUAGCGCUUUGCUUCAUGUACGGAGAGGCUCCCAUGCCUCCAGUAGAAAAUCUUCUAGGGCUUCGGACGCCUCUGAUUUGAGCGAGUUAGGAGGAGCAUGGCUCAACUUACCUCUUCUAUUACUACCAGGAGCAACUCCUGGUGAUCAGGUGGCGAGCGGUUCUGAAUCGGCCCCGCCCCGUAGACGGUCAGCGUACGGUUUACCAAUAUUCCUGCGCCACCAGGACGCGGUCGACGAGGACGGCGGCCCGAAACGCGCAGGUUCCCUUCGUCUGAGUUCGCGGCGGAAUUCGGCGCGGCGGCCCAACGUGGCGGCGCCGCUGCCGGCGCUGAUGAAGGCGCGAACUCCGUCGCCGCACGCCAACAGCGAGGUGAGCAUCCUCGUGACGGAGGCGUCCCCGGACGCGGCCCCGCCCCCCUCAGCGCCCCCUACCGUGGUCCGCGUGCUAGUCCACCGCGAGAGCGACGAACAGCCCAGCUGAUCUCCCGCCGAGCCUGACGAGGCUCAGGACGCCACCGAUGAACAAUCUAGUGUCAAAAUAAGUUAACUGCUUCGACAGCGACCUAUUGAAGUAGUCCGUAAGAUGUUCGAGUAUCGAACUAUUGUGUUCACGCACGCGCGCACCAGAAAUUCGAGUGAUACACCGAACGGCCCAGUUCGAUAGAGAUGUGAUUUUUAAUGUUAAGUAGCUUACCCACGUUUGCGGAGAGGUGACGGCCAUUUCAAAGGAGAUAAGUCGACGUGUCUUAGUUCUGGAUAUUACACAAUACUGUUUGCCAAAGUUGUCUGUGUUGCUUUAAUAUUGUUCCUAAUUGAAAUAGUUUUGAUUUUUAUGUACACUGUAUUUUUCACCCAAUGCAAAUUAUAUACAUAAUUAAAAAAUAUAAAUACAGUCAAAAUAUGUUCAUGAAUAUACCGAUAGAGGUAAUUAAGACAAGGAAAGUAAAGCAACCGCCGAGACUUAGCCUCCCGCGAACCUAUUAGUAUAAUAAUUAACCAAAGCAGUGAAGAAAAGUAUUAUUAUCAUAGAGUUGUUGUCCAUAUUUAUUUUUUAAACAUACCGCCUUAUUCAUAUAAACGUCAAACCUCUCAUAAAUCUAUUUUAGCUAUUGAACUGUUUUAUAUCUAUAUUUUACACUAAAUAUAAAUAUAUAUACAACAAAUUUGUAACAAAAUAAGUAAAGACGAACUUAUCUCUAAAAGAUUUCUUUCAGUCUACCUAACAUAAUGGCAUAAGAAGUAGUGAAUGGGCAGUAAUAGUGCCAAACAGAAAACGAAACAACAAUAAUAAAUAUUUACAUAAUUUACAAAUCAUUUUCUAAUUUUACAAUUUCAAAGAAAGUGACAAAACAGUGUAACAGUUAAAAUAGAUUUGUAGAAGGUUUUAGUUUUUAUGUAUAAGGGGGAAAGAUAUUAACAGCACCAGUAAAUAAUGCAACAGUAAAAGAAAACGAAUUUUGAAGAAAAAAACUAAACGACGUCUAUUUAUCUCCAUAAUGAAUUAGAAAUUAAAUACUUUUUCAAAGCCGCAAUUACAGUAACCGGGAACUUCCAGAGAUGUUGCAAUAACUUUUUAAUGUAUCUCACCAGUAAUUCCGAUAAGCUUUAUAAUAUACUUAUAACAAUUACGAAUGUUAUAUGAUACUUCAGAAAAUUACAAAUACUUCAAUAAAUUAUAACAUGAGGUUAUAUAUUUACAUAGAUAAAAUAGAUACCUUCAAAUAAAUAUAUAAACAAUAUGUUUACUGCAAACGUUGAUUCGUAAUAUAUAUUACAAUACUUUAAAUAAAUUCAACAUAAUAAAGAGUAAUAACACGCUGUUAGUGUUAGAUUCAUUUCUAGAUGCGCUUGUUUAGUGAUUUAUUGUAUAACAGUGCCCCGAGUGAAUGGUUUUUAUUCCUGAAUAUGUUUUCCUACGAAAAAUAAUCAUCUUAAAAAAACGAUCCUUAGCUACAGUACAAAACAGCUCUCAAUAAACAAGUACUAGCAGGGAAUAACUAAUAAUACUACGUAUAAUAUAAUGAGAAAUUGAAGCAAUAUUUUUAAAUUAAUUUGUAAACCAAUGUCCUUGUGUAUAAAAAUAGGUAUUUUUUUAUCAUUUAAGAGUUUCCUCUUGUCGGUGCAACUAAUUCAUGCAUCUUCCUCCAGCCAGCUCUAUCCCAGGCCAUAUCCUUUAUUUCCCUAUACGACAUGACGUUACUCUUGUAAAAAACGUAACAAACGUUUUAAUCAUUUACUCCUUUAUAUCAUCGUAUUAAAACGAUUUUUUUAUCGUUGCCGUGAAAUAAAUUAUUACCUACGUAUUUAGAGUAAAUCGCCGGAUGAAUUUACUAGACCGCAUAAUACGAUAAAGCGUAGGCGCUACAGCUACGCGGUGCUACAGACUACGCCUAUAGCGUAGCACAUGUUCAAAGCCUUUUCUGUCAACAGACAAUAAUAAAAUUAUAUUUUGAUUGUUAAUUUUAUGAUAUUAUAUUAGUGUAAUAUGACCUUUGAAUUCUAUGUUUUUUAAUGGGUAAAAAUGACAUGGUAACCUCGCCUGCGCUAUCAGUGUACACUGGCGGGGUACCAGUGGAAGGUAAGAGGUGAGGAUGAACAGACAGGUCAGUAAGCCCACCGUGACGAAUUCAACGAUAGUUUUCAGGGGGAACCGCGAGAAGGUCGACCUGAUAGGGUAUAUUGAUAGCAAUUGGGACUAACCUUCCCAUUACUAACAAACCCUACAAUACAACUAUUAAUAACAGUGGUUUACAUUUACAACACAGAGCGUGCAAUAAAUUUACUAAUUUCAAUAUAUAUAUGUUACUUAAUCAUAAAUAUAUUUCGAUGUACAUAUAAGGUGGUGAAUGUACACGGAAAUAUAUAUUUUAUUUAAAAGUCUUUUAUACUUGUACCAUUAUUUAUUCUUUAAAUUGAAACUGACACUCGGGGUACUGAUUCUACGAUAUAUUAAAAGGUUUAGUCAUUCAUUUAGAUAGGAUUGCUAUUUGAGACCAGUCUCAUUGAUGGUUGUACAUUAAUUUGUUCUUGUAAAUAUAAUUAUAAUUGUAUAUGAAGAACGACUGAUUCGUCAACUUACCUAUGUCGGUAACCAAUAGAAAUUAACUGCCGGCUGCUAAAAUCUUACAGUCUGAUAGCCGCUUUUAAAUAAUAUCUAUUAAUAAUCGUGAUAAAAUUGAUGAUCUUAAUAAUAAGUAGAAUAACAUAGUGUCGAUAUAGAAAAAGGAAGUACACGUAACUUCGAUUUAUGAUAGAGCAAGAAAUAUAUAUAAUAUACAUGUAAUAUGCGUGAUAUCUAACAACACACGUGACAUUGUUAACCUGUACACCUGUUAAUCGUAAAUGAAUUGGAUAAUCAAUCACUUUCCGAAUAAGUAACUUAUUCAUGUCCCUGAAUAGUCAAUCUUUUAAAAAAAUAUUCAUUGGAGCGAUAUUUUACAAGAGGUAAUAAGACCAGUGGCAAGAUGGGUUAGCCCUAUUACUCGCUCAAUACGUGUAUAAACUUUUUAGUCCAUUCGUUCGAAUUCAAUCGGUUGAGAUCGGCUAAUGUCGUGAAUAUCAUCUGUAAAAUCUAUCCCCCUAAAUUCUAGGCCUAAGCUCACUGGUAUAUUUAUGUACAAAUGGGCUAAGAGCAUCUGGUCAUGACGAAAUACGAAUAUUUUCUCAAAUACCUGUGACAGUAAAUUUAAUUUAGUAAUAUAACGUAAAACAACUUAUCUAUUAGGGCAAUCUUUUUCUUUUUUUGUUCUCAUUGUAAACUAUCCUACAUGUUCGUAAAUAAAAUCGACCUAAAACCAUCAAAAUCGAAAGACGCUGUUGAUGAACAGUCACUUAGUAAAAAAUUAAAUCGACAUUUAGAUAUAAAUAUUGAAAUUCUAAAACUUAUUUGGAACAAAUAUAUUGUAGAAGUUGCGUGUUCUAUCUUGGUGUGAAAAACUAAAAUCCUUAAUCAAAAAGAUUAAAAAUUGUAAUGUAUCCUCUGCUAUGAACACAAAGUAAUAUGAUAUUUAAAUGAAUUUAUAGAAAAGUCAAUUUUCUCUAUAUAAUAUAGAUAGACAAUUCUUUUGUACCAUUAGUGUAGAAUGCGUUUAGAUAUAGGCAUCUUUUUAAUUUUCCAGUGCCUCUAACAUCCGCGCACAAAUUCGCUGCCCCAAUGUUUGUCUUCGUAAAUGUCUAGGUAAAUAUUUACUAUCGUUGAAAUAAAAACCCUCGCCAUAUUGUGGAUAUUCUCGGAACUAAUUUAUUGGCAACAUAUUUGUAUUUUUUAUGUUGGCAAAACAUAAAUAAUAUUGAUACUACUUGUCAUAUAAACAUUAAAAAGGAAUCUUCGGAAACCCAAUACAGGGUUUUUAUUUACUUAAUAAUCAUAAUUAUAACUGAGUGAUUGUAUGCUAUUAAUUUAUUCAUAUUAUAAUGUUUGUUCAUCGAGCAGUGGCAUUAAACACGGGCAGCGAACGCCUUAUACUCAAAACGUGCCAUUUCAGAUAUAACUCCGAAUUUUAUUUCAUUAAUCAACCGUAGAUGUUGUUACACUUAUUCGCACAAAUUUUAUUAUUUAUUAAAAUAAUUUAAUUGUUAUAAAUAUAAUUAAAAGACAAUAUAUUUCGAUUUUAAGCUUUGUUGUUGGAUUCUGUUGUUACAAAAUGGCUUAUUGGCCUUAAGCUCUUGUUGCUUUACUUCGUUAUUAUAAUUACUUAAAUGGAAUUAAGUUUAAUUAAAAUAUCGCCUUUUUUCUCACUUAUUGUUUAAUAAUUUUAAAUUUGUAUAGCCCGUCCACUUCGUUGUCUUUUUUCUGUAGAUUUAUGGUAGUUUUUAAUAGUAGAAAUCAAGGCAUCAGUAAUUUGUAGCACAAAGUGCUUUAACUGGAGAUGUAUUAUUAUAAUUUUAAAAUUUGUUAUAAUAUAAGCUAUUGUUUACAUUAUUUUAUAAAAAUAUAUAGGUAUAUAUUAAAAAUAACGCAGCAUGCGUCAACAAUAAGCUUUCUAAAAUGAGGUUUGUCUUAAUAUGUAUGUAUUAAAUAGUAUUAGCUUUUUAUAAGAAAAAGCCUAUUAAAUAAAAAUUUUUAAAUUUCGUACGCAUGUUUAUGAAAAUUGUAAGCAUAAACUCCAAUUUGUAGUUGAACCUAUAUUUUCUCAAUUUAGUAAAGGACCAAAAUGUCGAUUAUUUUACAAAUUUUAUCUCAAUUUAGGUACUAUUUGAUCCUGACCAAUCCCUUUUUGAAUUAAUUUGUACCUGUAGAUAUUUUUGAAGCCUGUUUCAAAUUAUUCUAGAGUAUUAGGCGCUGACACGUUAUAUAAUUAAAAUUUGUACCACUUCGCUUUACAAUACAUUUUACACAGUUUGCUUUUAACCCUUUGAUAUUUUAAUAAACAAGCCACACUCACUAUUGAAAAUUUUAAUAAUUAAAUUAGCAUAAUAAAAUUGUUCUAAUAUUAGUAUAGAUUUACUCUCAAAUAUUGUUCAUUACUAUGUACAUAGAUAAAGAAGAGGAUGCAAUAAUUUUUCAUAAUUUUAUCUUAUAGUUAUCUUAAAAAGGUUGUUAGGAACUAGGUAUUUAACUUGAUAAUUUAAUUAUGUACGAUGUACAUGUAAAACUACCUAGUAGCUAGUGAAAUUGCAAUAUUUAAAGCAUGCGUUGAGUAUGAUUCAAAUAUAAAUUAUGUAUCAUAAGUGAGUAUAUUUAAAUUGUAUAAAUGUAAAUAAAAACUUUAAGUGAGACCUGCGAAAUAUGAUUUUCUUCCGAGGUACAAAAUAUAAAUUAACCAUGUUGAAAACUAUGAUUAAAGAAAAAUAUAGAAACAUGA